UGGCAACAUCACGUCCCACCCUGUAUCAAGAAAUUGAACAAACAACUCUGCAAGUGGGUAAUUUUUACAGAAAGCUGAAGGAAGGAGCCAUUGCCCACCAGAACAAGCAGGAGCUGAAGACUGUCGCAGUGCAGGGAACCAGACAUGGGCCAAGGUUUGAGCAUCAAAAAAUGUGAUUUCAAGAUCAACGUGAACAACAGUAACCACCACACAGAAGAAAUCAGCACCGAAAGGCUUAUUGUGAGGAGGGGGCAGCCAUUCACUAUCACUGUGAGCUUCUCAGCUCCAAUACACAACUACCUGCAGCAGCUGAAGAGGACUUCCCUCAUAGUACAGACAGGAUUACAUCCUUCCAAAGCUGAUGGAACCCAGACUGAAUUCCCCAUCUCCAGCCUGGGAGACCAGAAGCAGUGGAGCGCAGCAGUAGAAGAACAGGACCCAUGCUUCUGGACCAUCUCGGUGAACACACCUGCCAACGCUCCCAUCGGCUACUACACUCUGCUUUUACACGCCUCCAAGGCUCACUGCCUCCUGGGCAACUUCACCCUUCUCUUUAACCCCUGGUGCCAAGAUGAUGAGGUGUUCUUGGCUAACGAGGCACAGCGGCAGGAGUACAUUUUAAACCAAGAGGGUAUCAUCUACUGGGGGACUGAAAAUGCAGUCCUGGCACAACCCUGGGACUUCAGUCAGUUUGAGAAGGAUAUUGUUGACAUCUGCUUCUUGCUGCUGGAUGUAGGCGAACGCCGUCAGCAAAACAAGGAUCACGGCCAGCGCAAGAGCCCCGUGCACGUCUGCCGCACGGUCGCUGCCAUGCUAAACUGUGAUGAGCUUAGAGGAAUCCUGACAGAGUACGGGACCGGGCAAUACUCUAACGGGACACCCCCUUCCAAGUGGCUGGGAAGCAGCCCCAUCCUCCAGCAAUGGGUGGCAUCGCAAUGCCAGCCUGUCCGCUACGGGCAGUGCUGGGUGUUUGCUGCAGUCAUGUGCUCAGUUCUGAGGUGCCUGGGAAUUCCUACCAGGGUGGUCACAGGCUUUACGUGGGCUCACAACACUAACAACAACCUGAGUGUGGACGAGUAUUACGAUGAAGAUGGGACACUACUUACACAAGACAAGAGUGCCCGUGUCUGGACCUUCCACGUGUGGAACGAAUGCUGGAUGGCUCGAACGGACUUGCUACCAGAGUACAGCGGGUGGCAGGCACUGGAUGCCACCUGCCAGGAAAAAAGCAAAGGUCCAUCCUUCUGUGGGCCAGCCCCUGUUAAAGCCAUCAAGGAAGGGGACACGGACAUCAAUUACGAUGUCUGCUACUUCUUUGCUGCCAUCAAUGCCAAGUGCCAGGUCUGGAUACAAAAAGCAGAUGACACCCUCAAGCCAGCUUUCGGCAGCACAAAGUACACCGGCAACAACAUCAGCACCAAGAGCGUGGGCAGUGAACGCUGUGAGGACAUCACACACCACUACAAGUAUCCUGAAGGUUCUCUUCAGGAAAAAGACGUACUCGACAAAGCCUACAGAAAGAUAAGGAAACUUGAGACAACCAGCAGCAGCAGCAGCGAAACACAGUUUACCUUCAUUCCUACUGCCUUUGAAGAGCCAGUCAACCUUUUCAUCCACCUCCAGUCAAAGAGUUCUCUGACACUGGGACAAGAUGUUCCGCUUUCCAUUGAAGUGUUUAACCACAGUGGUGGAGAAAAGGCUACUCACCUGGUAGUUGGGGUCCAGUCUCUACAUUAUAAUGGUGUGCCCAUUACGCAGCUUUGGAAGGAAGAGUUUCAUUUUACCCUCAAAAGCAAUGAAGUGAACAGCCUGCAGGUCUUUGUGCCUUACUCACGGUACAGAACGGAUCCGGGAGAGAACCACCUGCUUCGGCUGACGGCUGUGCUGAGGGACGAGGACUCCUUCUACAUCUACUUCGCACAGGAAGAGAUCAGCAUUUGUGGGCCCCCUCUUACUAUUGAGUUUCCAGAAAACAUGGUACAGUAUCAGCCAAGCACAGCAAAGAUCAGCCUCCUGAACCCUCUCACCGAACCCCUGGAGAAGUGUGUGAUAGUGGUUGCAGGACGAGGGCUCAUUUACAGACAAAGGAAGUACAGGCUGGGCUCCGUGCAACCUGACAGCACUCAGGAGCUGCAAAUCCCAUUCACCCCCAUCCGAGCAGGGCCCCGAAGACUCACUGCGCGUCUCACCUGCCUACAGCUCCACAACCUGAAGAGCUACAAAACUAUAGACGUCGCUGCUGCCUGAUGCCCGACUUAGAACAGGUCCUGCCAUCCUGUUUACAAAAGAGUGGUCGUGAUCUGUGCUCUGAUCUUAGGCAAGCAUAGAUGUUAACAGUUUAAUUAAAGUUAUAUUUAAAACCA